AUGACCCUGAUGGAGCUGGGACGUGAGGGACCUGUCCCCAGGACCUCUAGAUGCUGCUCAGAGCUGGACUUCAUGGAGGACCUGCAGGAAAAAGGCACCAAACCUGUUGAAGAAGGUGCCGUGGUGGACCGAACUGAGGUGAUUCGCUGCUGCGUCAACCCCACCUACUCAAAGGUCUUCACCCUGGACUUUUACUUUGAGGAGGUGCAGCGCCUGCGCUUUGAGCUGUUCGACAUCAACAGCAGCCACAACGGGCUGAAGGAAGCCGACUUCCUGGGCUCAGUGGAGUGCACGUUGGGACAGAUCAUCUCUCAAAGGAAACUGUCCAAAGCUCUGCUCAGACCAGGAGGCGCGGUGGGGAAGGCCAUCAUCACCAUCACAGCCGAGGAGCUGACGGGGAAUGACGACUACAUCGAGCUCUCCUUCAGCGCCAGGAAGCUGGACGACAAGGAUUUUUUCAGCAAAUCUGAUCCGUUCCUGGAGAUCUACAGGCUGAACGAUGACGCCACCAUGCAGCUCGUCUACAGAACCGAGACGGUGAUGAAUAAUCUGAAUCCUGUGUGGAAAACCUUCAAAGUUUCUCUGAACUCUCUGUGCAGCGGAGACCACGAGCGGAAGCUGCAGUGCACGGUGUGGGACUGGGACUCUAAUGGGAAACAUGAUUACAUCGGUGAAUUCGAGGCGUCGUUUAAGGAGAUGAGAGGAGCCAUCGACGGGCGCCAGGUGCAGUGGCCAUGCAUGAACACCAAAUAUAAAGUCAAGAAGAAAAACUACAAGAACUCUGGGAUUGUUAUUCUGAACCAGUGCAAGAUCAUCAAGAUGCACUCGUUCCUGGAUUACAUCAUGGGGGGCUGUCAGAUCCAGUUCACAGUUGCCAUAGACUUCACAGCUUCAAACGGUGACCCUCGAAACAGCUGCUCGCUGCACUAUAUCCACCCAUACCAGCCCAACGAGUACCUGAAAGCACUGGUGGCUGUGGGGGAGAUCUGCCAGGACUACGACAGUGACAAAAUGUUCCCGGCGUUCGGCUUCGGUGCUCAGAUCCCUCCAGACUACAAGGUUUCUCAUGACUUUGCGGUGAAUUUUAACCAGGAGAACCCGGAGUGUGCUGGUAUUCAGGGCGUAGUGGAGGCCUAUCAGGCCUGCCUCCCCAAGCUGCAGCUCUACGGUCCCACCAACAUCGCCCCCAUCAUCCAGAAGGUCGCCAAGUCUGCUUCGCAGGAGGUCCACACCAAAGAGGCCAUGCAAUACUUCAUCCUGCUGAUCCUGACAGACGGUGUCAUCACUGACAUGGCCGACACCAGGGAGGCCAUUGUCCAGGCGUCCCACCUCCCCAUGUCCAUCAUCAUCGUCGGAAUCGGGAAUGCAGACUUCAGCGAUAUGCAGAUGCUGGAUGGCGAUGACGGGAUCCUGAGAUCCCCUAAAGGAGAGCCUGUCCUCCGGGACAUCGUCCAGUUUGUCCCCUUUCGAAACUUCAAACAAGCCCCUCCAGCUGCUCUGGCCAAGAGCGUUUUAGCAGAAGUGCCCAACCAGGUGGUGGACUACUACAACAGUAAGGGCAUCAGGCCCAAAGUGCCCAGUGAGUACCAGUCUUCCAGGCCGUUCGGACCCUGAGCUCCGUCCCAGCAGCUCCUCUGAGCACGACAACGACCGGAACUGAAACAACUCUGUACUGCCUUGUGUUUGGUGUUGAUGCUGAAGGUGCUACACCCACAGCUUUACCAUGAACUGACUUUAGAGGUCCAGAGUCCAGGACCCUUUGGGGUCAACGUAAAAACAAGAAGAACCUGGACUGAGGGAACACAGAUCCACCUGCUGGCCCAAACAGCUGUUCAUCCUCCAGCCAACCACAGCCAGGCAUUUCCUCCAACACAGGAAGUGGACACGGAGCCUCGUUAUGGAUGAAAACGGGAUGUUUCUGAGUCUAAAGCUUCAGCUGAUUUUAUAACAGCUGGAUUUAUUUUAGCCACAGCUGCUGUUUGGUCAAAUCACUAAUGCUGCCAACCGGGAUGAGUCUUUACCUUCAGCAGAGAUGUUCUGGAUCCGGGAGUCCUGUUCCUGAAGUAGGACAGAACAGGACUGUCUGCAGUAAUGAGUGUGUUGAUCCGGUCUGUUG